AUGGAUUUUGAUGAGAUACUCGCCAAGUGCGGCAACAACAGCCGCUAUCAAUAUCUGCUUUUGGCUGUUAGGGGCUAUAUUUCGUUCGUCGUACUGAUGCAUUACCCCUCACAGUAUGUUAUCGCCUUUGUGCUUCAGCACUGGUGCUAUCAUGUGGAGCAUUAUAUGCUCCAUUCAAGAAGAGAUCGAGGAAUUUACAAAUACGAUUAUGGAUACAGAAGCAUGAACGCAGUGUUUAAAUGGGUCUGCGAUUCAGCAUAUAAGUCACGAGUUGGCCAAUCUUUAUUUUUCGAUGGCUCGGUACUCGGAACUAUUGUUUUCGGUUGUAUCGGGGAUCGAAUUGGACGCGUUAAGACCUUGAUCUUAGGCAAUUUGUGUGGUUCCGUGGCUAAAUUGUUAACUGUUUUCACAACGAGCCUUACGGUAUACUCCAUUUCUGGUUUUGUGUCGGGUUUGGCCGCUGAUUCUAAUUCGUUUAUGAUGUACAUAUAUAAUACGACACAUUAA